AUGUCUCUGCACCAGCGAGUAUCCGCCAAUUCUGGGCGCAGGGCCUCGGUCUCUUACUCGGCGCAUUCGGCGCCUUUUGUCAUUUCCGAUCACGAACAGCGCCUCCUCGAUUCUCUCAACGCCGCUCACACCGAGUUGAACAAGACUAACUCAGAAAGGGACCGAUACCUCAGCUUACUGGAACAGGCCAACAAGAAACUCGCUGAGGCAACGGCUACCAUCACCGACCUCAAGGCCCAGAACCAGACGUUGAACCAGACUUUCAAGGAAAGCGUUGCCUCUCUCCAGGAGAAGCAGGACCACGUCAAGGAGGAGAAUGACAGGCUCAUCUUCGAAAAUGGCGCCCUGUCACGGGAGUUUGCUGACCUCAAGGUCAAGUUCAGCAAUCUUACCCGUCAGUACAAUUCCCUGAGCGGCACUGCUCCCGUCUUCCCCUCCAGCGCCGCCAACGACCUGGCUGGAGCGGUGCCAGAGCGUCCCAAGCUCUCCCGCUCCUCCAGCAAGAAGGAGCGCAAGGAGGAUCGUGAUCGUGAUCGUGAUCGUGAGGAACGUAGCCGCGUCCGAGACAAGGAGAAGUCACGCGAUCGUGAGAAAGAAGACAAGCGCGAGAGAGAAAAGGACAAGGACAAGGAAAAGGACAAGGAAAAGGAGAAGAAGGAGCACAAGGCCGAAAAGGAGCGGCUGUCUCGUCGCUUUGAAGAGAGGCGCGCGGCCCCGCCUCCCGCUCCGGCCCCAGCGCCUCCACCUCCCCCGAUCGCCAACCGGCGCAACAGCUUCAUUGAGGGCUGGGGCCCCGGUGGCCGGUCGUCAUCGGCCUCGGGAUCCUCCACUCGGAGUUACACCAACGGACCAAACGGACCCAACGGACUCCAUAGCCCCCUUAGCCCCCUUGGCCCCCAUGGACUCAACGGACACAAUGGACACAAUGGGCAUAUUGGACACGUGCAAGUGCCCGUUGUCACACCUGGCAACAAGCUGCCCUAUGCCAACGUCCCCCGGACUGCGACAAACCCAAUGACUCCUCGUAUCUACAGCGUUGCUGGAAGCACAGCCGCCGUGUUCGAUGAUGACGGGAGCUACGAGGAUGGCAACUACCAUGCCUAUCCAAUCAGCCGAUAG